UUACCUAAGUAGGCGAAAAUCCUGGUGCCUAAUAAUGGAGCCAAAGUCGUGAGUACACUAGAUAUCACAUCAAAGCCGCAACUAGGUAGAGGUUUAGUGCAUAACUGAGGUAUGGAAGUAGCACGGGAGGGGUGACUUGAUGUCACAGCAGUCUGAAGCACAUCAGCUGGGCUAAGAUGGUGCUUGUUGAAGACAGUGAGGGAUCUGAGUUUUGGCCGUGCAAAAGAGUGAAAAAUAUUCAAGUAAAUUUACUUCGCGUUUAUUUCGUACCGUUGCUAAGACACUACGAUCAAGACAGCAGUCAAAAACAGAAUUCUUAAAGAAAAAUAAAAAAUAUCAAAAACAAAGAGGUUCGGUUUGCCACAGUGCUGUUGUUCUCAUACCUCAGGCGAUUUCAAUUAUGCGCUAGACUUGUAGCUAAGUGUAGCACUGUGUGUCGGAGCCGUGGUCAGUGCGCGCCGCUGAGCUGUGCGCCCGGGACGGUAUGCGCGGGCCGCUGGGAUACGUGCGCCGAGCUGCCAGAUAUCUGCGACACGACCACAACGCGUUCCUUGUUAAAGUCUACGGCGGCGACGAGUGCCGAGUGACGUUUGAGCUGCUAGAAGCGCCGGGCGAGGGCCGCCGAUCGCCGUCACAACACAAUAACGACGCCAGCCGACUUUCGCCUACCAACCAGCGUCGAGCGACGGCGGCUGGCAACACUGGUGUCGCUCGAGCGUGCGCCUGGUCGCUAUACGCGGAGAGAUUCGCACGAGCCGACGCGCCUCCCGCUCGCACGAACAAGCCAGUGUUUCUAGUGCGAAACGCGCGAAAAUGCGGCGGCUACGUUCUAAACGUCGCACCAGGCAGUGCACCGCCUCACUCGCACCACCAGCGCCGGAAGCCGCCGCGACUUCACGAUCAUUCGGAAUGCCAGCUGAGCAGCGAUUUGAGGCUGCUAUCCUUCCGGCCGCUAAGGCUCUACCGGCCCGGCGCGCUGGCUGGUGCACGCGCCACGCACGCGGCCUUGCACGACGCGCGCCGACGCAAGCUCGUGCUAUGGCUGAGCGUGCACGUGCGCUGACUUGCAUCUCAAACACGCUGGUGUUAAAAUAAACGCGGUACAUACUAUAUAAACACUCCACACAGUUUGGCCCAGAACACACAGUGAAACGCAACUGCAACUUCUAGUUACUUUUGAGUUGCAUAAGUUUCUGCCAUAGCGUCGGUUGAGAGACCACACUUAACGCGACUAUACUUACGAGCAAUAGUAUGGAAUCACCCCUUUGUGUUCCGAGCGGUCUUAAGAACUGAAUGACUAUGUAUUAUAUGUAUCUAUGGUAUCAAUUUAAAGUUUAUAAUGUCACCUUUAAAAUGGUGCCAUUUUUAUUGAUCUUCUAUUAGUCAUUUAGUUCUUAUGAUCGCUCGGAAUAAAUAGGGUGAUUUCAUAUUUUUGCUUGCGAGUGUAGUUUGAAACCGGUUUAAAACGCGUUGUAAACAAGUCGCAUUGAAACCGUCGUGCAGGAAACUCGCGUUGCGUUUCAUUCAUCGGAUUUGGCUUCUUUUGUACAAAAUAGCUGACGACGAACAAAAAACAUUACAUUUGUGCUAAAAGUUACUCUCGCUCUCGAAGAACUAAUUUUACAGACGUCUGUUCUCAAAGAAAACCGAAAUGAUUGUAGUUGCAGCGUUUGUGGAAAAUGGUUGAAACUGGUUUCAAAAGGGUUUCGUUGCAGUUGCGUUUCUCCGUGUGUUCUGGGCCUUUUGGUCAUGAAUCACAUGUGAUCCACGGCUCCGUUGCACGUCUAACGUGAUCAGCUUGCGAUAUUACAAAUUGUUUUGUUAUGUGAGGCACAGAAAGGCCGUUUGGACUGAUAAUCCAGAUUUUCGUAUUAAAUAGUAUCGCACCAAAUGUUUAAAUUAUUUUGAUUUCAAGCCUCUUUAGCUGUAACCACUAUACAUAACACAAAAGCAGUGCAGAACUUAGACCGUAGCUCAGAAACUACAUUUUUGUAGAUGCUAGCCCAAAGUAUCUGUUGUUUGAAAUUAUACAGUAUUUUUGAUCUUCAAACAAAACAUAAAAUAAUGUGUAACUUCGCACCUUAAAGAAAGAUUUGAUUGUCAUUAAACACAAUAAUAUUUGAUGGCUAAAACAAUAAAAUCUUCAAAUAAAUUUCAAUUUAUUAUAAAUAAAAUAACUGUGAUUCUUGUGUCUUUCACAAAAAAGACCACAAUAACGGGGAAUACCUUAGUGGUACGUUUAUUUUACAUUUUUUUCACUGCAUUCGGUUUUGGACUGUGCACUUUUAAAAACUACACGCACUCAAAUAGAUAUACAUUAAAGGCCUCGAUUUAGAUGGAAACGCAUAAUAAUUUAUUAUACAGUCACUUCAGCAAGAGUGUUGGAGCAAUAAUGUAUUUUAGAGUCUCGUAUUUUUAAGGAAACGUCACACGAUAUCCGUAUCACCUUGAAGCUCUCAAGAGUAUACUGAUAGUAGAAUCUGACUGUUUAAUUAAGGGUAUGGAUAACUCGAAUUUGAUUUGCGGUCUAUACCGCAAGGCCAGUCGACGCGACCGCAGGAAUGACCGCAGGUCGGCUUGGAACCGCGUUUUAGGGGUUUCACAGCUUUUACUCCCGCGGUGGCGGUCAGCGAACAUACUAUGUCGACGGCUCAUUUGCCUACGUUAUGUAGCGGAACACUAUUGAUAAUAAGUUGUUUAAAUUGAGUCGUGCUGAUACUUUUUGAUUGUACUUUUGUUAUUUAGACUUGUUAUUGUCGAUAAAAUUUUUGUUUUCGAUGAACGUGUAGAAAUAAGCACUAGAGAAAUGGAAAUUGUAAAUGUUGAAUAUUAAAAUUGUGAUCUCCAGUGCUUUUUUCAAAUCUUGAUCUCUGGUAUUGUUUAAAGUUAUUCUACGUACUUUGAGAUUAUUUUCAUACUGUUGAUUUUAUGUUUUACUAUAAAACCACUGAAAUUCUUGUUUUCUUUCCUAUUGAAAUGACUUCUUAAUUUUAUAUGUUCACUAUAGUCGACUGGCCCGCGUGUCUGUUUGUACAUAGAUCUCCUCCGCGUCCAAGUACAUUUGUAAAUAUAGUGAAAAAGGCGCGGAGAAAUUUUGUUAAUUUGUAAAAUGACUCGUCAGAAGAAAAUAAAUAUUAUUAUAUUUAUAAUA